ACGACGUUCGUGGUUUUCACUAAUAAUUGUAAAAUACAUAAUUAGGAAAUAAUAAUAAUAAGAAUAAAGGUUGCGAUACAAUUUAGACAAUAGUGGUAGUCGUCGUUAUAGAUUAGCUGCUGUGGACACUCCUGCGAGCUUCAUCGUGAACAUUAUAAAACAGACAGUUAUGAAAGAUGCAGACAGAAUUGAUUUCGAUCUUUAUCAGUUAGAAAAGUACAAUAAAGAAUGAUGGACGACGAGGAAGCAAUUGCCGUAGUUGGUAUAGGCUGUAGGUUUCCCGGAGCAGACACUGCUGAGGAAUUUUGGCGCGUGCUUGUAAAUUGUGAAAACCACGUGAAAGAUAUCCCGAAAGACAGAUGGAACAACGAGGCCUUCUUCAAUAAAGACAAAGAUGCGGAUGGGAAGACUUAUGUUACUAAGGCAGGUCUUCUUAAAGACCAUGAUAUGUGGGACAACAAGCUAUUUGGAGUGAGUGAUGUUGAAGCUGCAAGAAUCGACCCGCAGCAAAGAUAUGUUCUUGAAUGUGUCCACAUGGCUAUGGAGGAUGGGGGCUUCACAAGAACCAAGAUGAGCGAUACAAAGACUGGAGUCUAUAUAGGUUGCAUGAACGACGAUUACAAGAUAAUGAGCUCACAGGACCCAUUGGGGACCACAAACUACAGCGCAACUGGUUCGUCCACUACAGUGAUAUCUUCAAGGGUAUCUUACGUGUUCAACCUCCACGGGCCAUGUUUAACCGUAGAUACGGCCUGCUCCUCUGCAAUGAUGGCUAUUCAUCUAGGAUGUCAGGCUAUUAGAUCAGGUGAUUGCUGUCAGGCGAUUUGCGGUGGAGUUAGCAGCAUCAUGUAUCCAGACAUGUUUAUAUCAUUAAGUAAAGCCAGAAUGAUGUCAACUGUUGGCCAAUGCCAGACUUUCUGUGACACAGCCGACGGAUAUGCCAGAGGAGAAGGAUGUGGUGUAGUUAUUCUUAAGCCACUUAAACAGGCCUUACGUGACAAUGACAAAGUAUGGGGAGUCGUGGUAACAGGCACAAACCAAGACGGUAGAGCAGCACAACCCAUUACUGCGCCAUCUGGAAACCAGCAGAAGGCUUUAUUUAAGCACGUUUACACCAAAUACGACAUCGAUCCAUCAACUGUUCAGUACAUAGAGGCUCACGGAACUGGGACACCCAUAGGUGACCCUACGGAGACAAACGCACUAGGAUCGUUCUUUUCAGAAUUUCGAGGACAAAAACCAAACCCUCUUUUGAUAGGAUCAGUAAAAACAAAUAUUGGCCACACUGAAUCUGCUGCAGGAGUAGCUGGUCUUAUCAAAGUACUUCUAAUGAUGAAGGAGGGGAAAUUUGUUCCAUCGCUUCAUAUUCAACGAGACAAAAAUAAUGUCAAUAAGAAAAUAGAUCUAGGGAAACACAAUAUUGACAUUCCAGUUGAUGUGUCUGAAUGGAAAGUAAAUGGAAAAGGACAACGGGUUGCCUGCAUCAAUUCAUUUGGUUUUGGGGGCUCGAAUUGCCAUGCUGUUGUCCAAAGCACUGAAAUGUUGGAAACUAGUCAAGUUAAAAAGGACGUGAUUCCCUUAUUAGUUGCUUUAUCUGGAACCGACAAGAAAUCACUUCAAAAUAAUUUAGAAAGUUUUAUCAAAGAUAUUUCUGAAAAGAAAGUUGAUCUUCAGGCCACAUCAUACACUUCUCUUUUGCGUAGGGAUCAUUUCGAGCAUCGCACAAUAAUUGCAGGCUCAACAAUUGAGGAAGUUAAAAACAAUGCAUACCGUCAACUGACGAUGAACCCACAAACACGAAAGUAUACAAACAGAAAUGUUGUGUUUGUUUUUUCCGGAGUUGGAACGACAUGGCCAGGCAUGUGUUGCCAAUUUAUGACAAACCUAAAAUUUAGAAAAACAGUAAAAGAAAUCGAUGAUUGCCUUCAGCCUCUUACAGACUUGCAACUUUCUGGUGUGUUCACCAACCAGAAGACGAAAUACGACGACCCAUUUCUGAACCACAUUGCAAUUUUUGCUGUUCAGGUUGCUCUUGCUAGUUUAUGGAUAGAUUUUGGGGUAGAACCGGACGUCAUUAUUGGCCAGUCGGUUGGAGAAGUCGCAGCAGCCCAUAUUUCUGGGCGCAUACCGCUUGUAGAAGCAGUGAGAAUCAUAGUUCAUCGAUCAAAAAUACUAGCCGAACAUACAGGUGGAUCAAUGAUGGUUGUCAAAGGAGUUAAUUUGAAAAGGGUGGAAUCGAUUUGCUCAGAACACAGCAAUACAAAUAUUGCUGUUUACAGCAGCCCCGUUGGUUGCACAUUGUCGGGCGAUAGUUCAGAAAUAGAAGUCAUCAAGAAAAAGCUACAAGAUUACAACGUUAAAGGAGCGAACAAAACACUUUUCUUUCGAAAACUUAAUGUAACGGCAGCAUAUCACAGUCCCUUGGUUGAUUCUUGUAGGGAUGAAAUAACCGACGCGAUUGGUAAUAUAGAACAUGCCAAUACAUUCCAAUAUAAGAUUAUUUCUACAGUUACAGCAAAUGAGGCUUCUGAUACAGAUUUCACAACAGGCGAGUACUGGGCCAAGAAUGUCCGAAAAGCUGUUUUGUUUUACCAGAGUGUAAAAAGAGCUGCAUCAGAUACAAAACAUAACAUCUUUCUUGAAAUCGGACCAAAGCCGGUGCUGAAAGCUCACCUUGCAGACAUUUUGGAGGACAGGGAGUUUAGUUGUCAACAGUCAAUGAAUUUGAACAAAGAAUUGCCUUGUUUUUUUGAUACGUUGUCGGAACUUUUCAAAAAUGGAAUUGAAAUAAAUUGGAUAAGUUUCUUUACAGAAAAAAAUAUUCCUAUUUCCAUACCGAAAUAUGUCUUUCAAAAAUCAAAAACACUGCAUUUGUCUGAAAAGUUAAAACAGCAUUUAGCGGGGAUAAAAUCCGACGAGAACACCUCCCACCUGUUUAUGAAAACAGCGUUAAAUGGGAAAGAAAAACAAUUUGAAAUUCGUCUUUCAGAUACAACCACAAACUUUGUUUUUGACCAUCGCAUGUCGGGUUUGAUUUUGGUACCAGGUGCCACAUACAUCGAUGCUGCACUAUUUGUUGGAAGGAAUGUACUUGGUAAAGGUGUACACAGUCUGUCGGUUUCAGUUGACUUUGUCAACCCUGUCACUUUACAACAUAACGAAGAAUCGUCUAUAGACGUGUCAGCAGAUAUCGGAAAAGGGUCAGUUGCCCAUUUCCUGUGCAGAAACAAAAUAGGUUUUGUUGUUGCAAAAGGAAAAGUAUUUCCACGACAGACGAACGAGAAAAAACGAGUGCAUAUUCAAGCGCUUAAGAACAAAUGCCGAAUGGUGAAAGAUAAAGGCUCCAUUUAUAGUACGCUAAGAGACUUGCAGUUUGAAUAUGGUCCUUCACUUGCUAUGAUUGAACAAUCAUGGUGUUCUGGCAUUGAAUGCAUUACGGAGAUAUUCGUUCCAGACAGUAUUGCUAGUGAAAUACAGAAUACCAUUAUUCAUCCUGCAAUUGUUGAUGCAAUGUUUCAAACUUUUGCAAACUUCAUCGAUGAAAAACCUGACGCGGUGUUGCCAAAGGGAAGUGAAACAAUCACCUUAUUCCGACAUAUUGACCAAGAAGAGAGAACUUUAUAUGUGUAUGUAAAGUUAAUAAGUCGAACUGUCAAUGAGUUUCACUUCAAUUUGUUGUUAUUGAAUCCUAGUGGUAUUGUUUUACUAGAGAUUUUGGACUUUCAAACACGCACACUUGAAGAAAGCAUCAACUUCAAUCAGACGUAUGUUAUCGGAAAGACGUCUGUGGAAAUUUGGAGGAACACACAGCAAAGGCCAGUCGUGUUGUAUUCAAAAAAGUCGCUUGUCCAUGAACCAUGGUUCUCUGAAUUUGCCGGAUUACAUAGGAUGUGUUGCAUAGAAGAUAUCGACAAUGAACACGGAGAAAGGCUUGAACCAGCCGCAUCACUUUUUUAUGCAAAACAACCGGUUGAUACACAAGACAGCAUAUCCGCGUUUGCAGUCGAUGAAUGCCUAAGAUUCCGCGAGUUUCUAUUCUUGUAUCAUAAGAAUGAACUGAAAUGCCCGAUAUAUAUUAUAACUAAAAACACACAGGAUCAUUUCAACAGAGCAAACACCGAGGUAACAGUCGAAGGAAGUUACCUUUGGGGAAUGGUACGAGCCUUACGUCAUGAGCAAGAUCAUUUGGACCUCCGAUUGGUUGAUGUCGAUGAAAACGAUUUGAAUUUUGAAACGCUGUCAUGCGUGUUUUGCACAACGGAUUUUACAAACGCGGAAUUGAUUGUCUCUGGAACCUCAGUGCGCCAUGUUUACAUUUCGCGUGUUCAAGCCAACAACGUCGGCAAAAGAAGAGAUAUAGCGAAGGAUUUUGAAUCAAGUGCUUCUCUUCUGUCGACAUGCAAAGAAAAUGUCCAGAAACCAUUUAUAGCUGACAGAAAGGUAUCUGGAUUGCAUGAACAUGGCAAAACAAUGACAGAGGUUGCAAUAACUUCGAUGUGUCUUCACCCGUUGACAACUUUUAUUCAAACUGUUGGGGUAGAUAUUCCUGAAAUUUGGCCUGAUACAGCUUUAGAAAGCAACACUGUUAUAGCGUUGGAAGGCAGGGGGCUUUUAAAAGAUAGCCAUAAGCAGAAUAUCGAAGUAGGAUUUUUAUACCCAGUUCCGGUACAAUAUCCAACUGUUCGCAUACCAAAAGAAUGUACAUGGUCUUUGUCAAAAAAAUCUCCAAUACCUGGCGUAUUACUUAAUGCACUAGUGAUCAGCAAGAGUAUCCAAAACAUCCCAAACGGAUCGCACGUUCUUUUAAUCGGGAAUUCAACCAUGGAUGAGCAUAGAGUUAAAAAUGUGUUUGAGCUUAUGCGUGCAACAAAAUCAUGUACAUUUUCAUAUGUUGAUAAAGACAGUAUCAAAACGAUAGAGGGCAAUCAGGUUGGUUUAACAAUUGUACCUUUAGUGAAGAUGUCAUCAAGCAACAUUGAUAUGGUCAUCAAGAGAUGCAGAAUUACAACAGGCAUCGUUGCCUUUUCAAGAAACGUGUCAAACAACCUCCAAUCAUACAUUCAAAUGAGGUACCCAUCUUUAUCACUCGUGGUAAUUUUCUCUUCGGAAAUUUUCAAUCCGCAAAACUUGUGUAAGAGUGUUCAACACACGCUGCAACAACUUUCGAGGAACGGCUUGGAAUCAAAUAUAGACAUAGCAAACAUGUUCCAAACUUCAGCCUUGCAAACAAUGAACAUAAGUGCAAACACUAAUAUACCACACAAAGUUGACAGUUUAGGACUCUUUCGAAAGAACGGUUGCUACAUUGUAGUUGGAGGGUUGACUGGUCUUGGUCGUGUUCUGGUGAAACAUAUUGCUGAAUCAGGAGCAGGUCAUAUUGCAAUAUAUUCAAGGCGCCAGCCAGAUGACGAACAAAAAAGAAAUCUGAAAGAUUUAGAGAUACGAUAUUCUACCACGAUUUUCACAUUGCAAGUCGAUGUUACCGAACGUUCUUCUGUAAACUCGGCUAGGGAUCGACUAUGUGUUGCUUUAAAAGGUAUUCCAAUACGAGGUGUUUUUCAAGGUGCUGGUGUUCUAGCCGAUGCCGUUUAUGAAACCCAGACAACAGAAUCAUUUAUGAAAGUUUUAAAGCCGAAAUUAGAUGGAACGUGGAACUUGCACUUAUGUUUUCAGGAUCUGCAGUUGGAUUACUUCGUAAUGCAUUCAUCAGUGACGUCUUUGUUGGGUAACCCUGGACAGACAAACUAUGCAGCAGCCAAUAGUUUCCUUGACAGUAUGGCACUAUAUAGAAGAUCGCUUGGAAUGAGCGGCCAGUCAAUAAAUUGGGGAGCAUUAGCAAUAGGAAUGGCAGAAGACGCCCAGAUUGCCAAUAAAUUGCGACACCAAGGAAUAGGAAUUCUAUCCAAAGAAAGAACAAAGGCAUGUUUUACAGAUGCACUGCUAAGCAAUGAUCCAAACAUUUGUUUUGCUGAUCUUAGAUGGGAAAUUUUAUCACAUUCAAGUACAUUUAAAGAGCAAAAGAAAAAGUUCAGUGGACUCCUUCAGAGCGGCAUGGCUGAAACAGAAAAAGGACAACAAAACAAGAACAAAAUCAACUUGCAUGAACUUAAGUGCCUGGCAAAGCGAGGAAAGAGGUCUGAUGUUCGAAAUAUAAUACUGUCAAUCAUUUCUGAACAGUUUGUAACCGAUAAUACCAAACUUGAAGAUAAUCAAAACUUUGUAGAGCUAGGAGUUGACUCUUUGUCUGCACAAGGGUUUGCAAAUAACUUGCGAACUGUGUUCAAUGUUCAGUAUCCGUUGGUUAAAUUGAUCUCCAGCACAACUACAAUUGGUGAUGUUGUGGACUUUUACUGUGGGCGUUCAGUGAUUGCCGAACCAACAAACAAGUAUCACACUGAAAAAGAUUCAGAAGAAUUCAAAGAGCAAGCUGCAGUCACUCAAAUUCCCGACUUAAUAAGCUAUUUCAGAUCAAAAGCAGACCCUGGGCUUACAUACAUGACUGAUAUCGAGAUUAAAGGAAUAAAAUUCACGCAUGCAGAUUUCAGGAACUUUGUCGUACAUGUAUUGACUCGUUUCCGAGAACUACGUUGCCACAUCGUAAACGAUGGUCUCGAAACUUUUGCUGUCGACGAAGAUGCCGCAGAUGAUGUCGCCGAUAACAUACCAAUUGAGAGGGUUGAUUUUAACGAAAUGGUUGAAAAGUUCAACACAGCGCAGGAUCAAAGAGACACUGUUUCUUUCGAUUUAGAAACACAAUACCCGAUAAAAUUUCAGAUUGGCCAAAAAAACAGAUGUGCAUUUGUUCGUGUGUGUGUUCACAAAGCUGUGUCUGACAUGUCGUCGAUUGUAUUGAUAUUCAAAGAGAUGAAAACGUAUUUUGAAUCUUCAUUAAUGAACAAGCAAAUCAAUACACACGUUGAUGAAAUUCACCCAAGAACAGCAAUAAACGAAGCUGUUCGAAAAAGAAGAAAGGAUGGUCUAGACUACUGGAGACAAAGAAUAGCAUUUGCAUCACCAUGUUCUCUUGCGAAGCCAAUGAUGGAGCCAAACGCCAAUUUCUUCAAGUCAGCGUCAAAAGCAAUAGGUCCCAACAUUUACAAUCAAAUUACGGAGUUUUUGCGUAAUUCGGAUGCAACCUUGUUCCAGCUAUUUGCUUCAGUUUUCCAGUUAUUGUUAGCUCUUGAAACCGAGCAAGCAACUGUGACAAUACUUACAGAUGUUAAUCUUCGAGCAGAAAUCCCAGCAAUUGCGAAUGAGGUAGUUAGAGGAAUAAAUGUUAUACCUCUUUCAGCUCAACUGUCUAAACAAAUGACGUUUAAUGAGUUCCUUGGAGAAAACAAAAAACAAAUCUUAGCCGACAUGGAACAUGGAAGUUUGCCGUAUCUAGAUAUCGUAAAGUUUUUGCAGCCUGAGGCUAAAGCAAAUAUCGGUCGCCAUUAUCUCGUUAUGAAUAACAUGACCCAAUUAGACAUUCUAACUAACCCGACCCAGAAUCAAUCAUACACAUUAUCAAUAAAGAACAUUUGGUUUGCAAAAUUAAGUAUGGAAACGGUAUGCCAAGUUGCGUACAAUACAAAUACCAAGAACAUUAACAUUCACUUCCAUUACAACGAACAUAUUUGUGGAGAAAAAAGGGGCAGAAAUCUAGGAGAGAGGCUAUUUCAGAUAUUGCACCACGGAAUGAAUAAUGGACAAGAAACGAUAGAAGCGCUUUUCCACAAAGCAGACCGUUCCAAAUGUGAAGGCAGACUGCGAAAUCAUGAACCUUUAGAUAAAUGUAUUCAUGAAAUUGCUACUGAGAUAAACACAUUAGCGUCGCCGAAUAAUGACAGACUUUAUACAUCACAGCCUCAAGAUAAGGUGGAUCUGCAAACGUUGGAAAUAAUAAAUGGUUAUUUUCAAAAGCAAACAAAAGCUGGUUGGAGUCACCGUGUCUAUGUCACUUUGCUGGAGCAUCAAGACAACGAAAAUGACGGUAAACGGAUGACGAUUCAGUGGAGCAAAAAACCUGGAAGGCCAACGAAAUCGCUUUCAGUGUCCACGUGUGAUUCUAUCUCCAUGUUGAAUAUGAACCACGAAUAUUCGAUAGUGGUGCAGACACCCGAGAGGCAACUGGUCAUACAUACUCUGGAGUACGAGAUGGCAAACCAAUGGAUGGCACUGAUUGAGAACCGUUCAAUUAUACACAGUACAAAAUAAGUAUAGGAUUGUGAAAACAAAAACUGCCGAACUCGUUUUCUAUUAGCAUACAAACCAAGAAUAACACAUUUCUGAGUAUGAAAUGUUAUAUGACAAUAAACUGAUUGCCCAUGAAUAUUUAUAAAUGAUAAGUUGAUUUAAACGUCACGAGGACAACACUGCUAUAGAUAGUUUGAUAAAAAAACGUCCUUUUGACAACACUGCCUUAUUUUUCGACGUGUUCGGGCCUUAUUGAAAUUGUAUGUUUUGUUCACUACGUUUUGAGCAUAUUGUACCUGUAAAUAGCAUUUACAUAAUUUCUGAGACAAGCAAAUGUCAGAUGAAUUGUAAAAUGAAAUAAAAAUAACUGACUCGGUUUUAUUUACAUGUACAAGUAACCGGUAUAAAUGGGACUGCUAUUUGAACAUAUAAUUUAUAUUAAUAUGUUAAGACAGUCAUAAUAUCAAGUUAAUAGUCUUUAGAUUACACAUAAACUUGAUCGAAUUUAUGUAGUAUAGCCGAUGUUUAUGACUCUAUUUAAGAGUAUUACUUAUAUAUUCACUAAAACAACACUUUACAGUUUGUAAAUAAGUUGUACUUUUUCUGAAAUUGUGUAUGCAUAUUUUUGAAAGUAGUAUUUGGAAAUUGACAUAUUUUAAUGCAAGCAAGGAGCAAUUUAAUCAGAUAUGACGUCGCUUCAUUUGUUGUUAUCACAUCAUAGUUUUUGUUAUUCAAUUAAUUUGUGCUUUUGUAAAUAUCACUUUUUAACUUACAUGUGAUUUUAAGAAAUUGACAAAACGUCAUUUCUAUUAUUUUCAGAAGAAAAACUUAGCUAAUGCGAUGAAAAAGCAAUUUAUACAUUAAGAUAUAGCUUUUAUGUUACAUUUUACCGGCGAAAUAGAAUGACGAGCAUCUUAAAAAGCUCGUCAAGAAAUGAUUUUUGUUUUUCUUAGAUUCUCAGAUGUAUAGGUUUAAAAUUUAAAGCCGGAUUCAAUUCUUUUUCUGUAAUAUAAGUUUAAACUUUCUGUUUACUACUUUAUUUGCAUUUUAACUGUUUUACAAAGUAAAAACUGACAAUUUGGAAACUGAACGCAAAGAUCUGACACGAUGCCAUAAAUUAUUGUAUGUAUAAUUAAAACACUGUUUGAUCAUGACUGAAAUGAACUGACACCUUUACGACUGUGUGGAUGUAGAGAAGUACACAUCACUUUAAGUAAUCAAAUAUCCAAAACAAUUAACUCAAGUAUGGUGACGUUGUAUGCCCGGUCCGUCUAUACCAGCCGAUGUUGGUAUUCAAUGUUGGCCUUUAGGGGUUAUUAGAACGAGUGUACUAUCUACAGUAAUAUAAAUAAGUGUGUAUGACCUUUGAAAGGUUUGAAAAAUGAUUUAUUCGUGGUAAAUAAUCAACUUUUACAGUUAAUGAGUUCAUUUGGCAUGACCAUAAGAUUUUCUUAAGUAGCGUAUUGAACACUAUCCAUGGUUCUUCUAUUUAUUUCAAUUUCUUUAAUGGCGUUUACAAAACAAUACCGUACUAUUUAUCUUUAAUGUACCAAUGACAAUCGAUGUUUAACGAAGUUAGUUAGAAGCGAAAUGGUAACCAGUUAAUGAUUGCUUUUUUGAGCAUGCGCAGGGGACGUUUUUAUUUUAUAUAAAACUUCAUUAUUUGCGGGGUGUCCCUUAGAAAAGCAAGUAUGUUUAAUAAAAUGUAAUGUACUAAAUUGAGUUUUCAUGAAAAAAUGGUUUGGGUCAUAUAAAUACAUAAUAUUCUGUUCACUGCUUUCUGGUAUAUUUGUUUUCACUGUGAUUUGAUGCGAACUAUGCAUUUUGCUGUACAUGCAUGCUAUUAUUAGAAUAUUUGUUAUUGUGUUGUCAUUUCUGUUCGUCCGUCAAAUCAUACUGUGAGAAUUGUGUUAGUUAAUAGUUUAUUUAUGUCGUUUUUUCUAGGUGGUCCUUGAGUCGAUGAAAGCAUGUUUGCGAACAAAGUAUAUAUUGUGUGUAUUAAAUGUCUAGUUCCUAGGUGCAAAUAAUAGCUGUUAAAAGUUGUGUGAUUUUCUGAUGUAAAUGAUGUUGUUUGUUUAAGAGGGCAUACAUCAUUUGGACUUGUCUAUGCAGUUCUUUAAUUUUACUAGCCGUUAUUUUUAUAUCAUAUUUAAUGUUUCAUAUUUCAUAUCAUACAUGUCAAUGUAUGACUAUAGACUAUGGUCAAACUAAGGUUUUAAAUACCGUGUUUGUCAAAUAUUUUAGGAUCUGCGUAUUAACAUUGUACGGUAUUUGUUUUCACUAUGUGUUUUUGUGUCUACAGGUCCUUAUUAAACGCUACUAGUCUGUGUACCUGAACGUGUUAACAACAUUUUGUAGUUCUUUGUCAUCGAACAAUAUACAAUGUGUUUGAUCUACAUAUUACAGGUUUGAGGAGGCGUUUUUCAUGUAUUUAAACUUUGAUACAAUAGUAA